AUGCAUUUGCGUAUUUCUCGUUUACGUUUCGUACUCGUACGAUGUUGUUUUUUAUUAAUUACAUUAUUAUUUUUAUUAGAAAUUAAAAUAUUUUUAAAAAAUGAUAAUACAUUGAAUAGAAGUCCAAUGGAAAUAUUAUAUUGGGAAAACUUAGUAAAACAAGAUCAAUUAUUAACAAAUGAACAACGAAUUGAACACAUUGUAUUAGUUGAAAAACAAAGAAAGAAAAAUGAACUUAAUUGGACAAAUAUAUUUGAUGAUAUUUACAGAAGAAAAAUUGAAAAACUUAAUCAAAGAGAUAUGAACAAUGUAUAUAAAUAUAGUGUAAUAGAAAAUGUACAACAUAUUUCACAAACAACAUUUGAAAUAUUCGAAGAAACUCCUGUUUUUCAACGUCCUAAAUUUUGUUCAUCAACACAUAUUUUUCAUUCACAAUGUCCAUAUAAAAAUUGUCUAUGGAAUUGUAGAAAAUCUCCAAUUAAUUAUGAAAAUAUCCGUCGAGCUAAUGUAUUUCAUCAUGUUGAUAUAAAGCCUGAAGAAAUGUAUGAAAAACAAAAACAUCGUUCUCAUAAUGAUAUAUGGGUAUUAUGGAUAGAUGAAGCUAAUCGUCAAAUAGAACAUUUAAAUGAAUAUAAAUUUAAUUGGACAUUAAGCUUUCGACAAGAUUCCGAAAUAUCAAUUGGUACAUAUGGUUUAUUAAUUCCUAAUGAUGAUGAUAAUAAAAAUUUUUAUUUCAAUAAUAAGUCAGAUUUAUUACUUUCAUCAGAUUUUCUUUAUAUUUUAACAAAUCAUAGUAUAUUAAUAACGGAUUUUAUGUUAGAAAAUUAUAUUUUAACUAAUUAUCGUUAUCGUUUUAAACAUGCCUUAUGGUUUGUAUCGAAUUGUGAACCAAAACAACGUCUUAAAUAUUAUGAACAAUUAAAAAAAUAUUUUCCUAUACAUGCCUAUGGUCUAUGUAUAAAUAAUGAAGAAAAUAUAUGUAAUAAAAACGAUCAAUGUGAAAUGGAACAAUUUCGUUUAGCACUCUUUUAUUUAGCAUUUGAAUCUCAAACAUGUACAGAUUAUAUAACAGAAAAAUUUUGGCGUGCACUUCAUUAUGGAAUGAUUCCAAUUGUAUUUGGACCACGAAAACAAUCAUAUUUAGACUUAGGUAUACCGAACUCGGCUUUUAUACAUGUUGAAGAUUUUAAAUCAGCUAAACAAUUAGGUAAAUAUUUACAUAAGAUUGCAAAUGAUUAUUUUCUUUAUCGAAAUUAUUUUCAAUGGAUAAAUCAAUAUCAAAUUUUUUAUCAAACAUAUGAUCUUGAACCAAUACGUAUGUGUGAAUUAUGUAUGAGACUUAAUAUGCAAGAUAAAAAUGAACAUCGAUUUUAUACGAAUAUUCAUCAAUGGCAUCGAAAUGAAUGUUAA